GACCAAUAGUACGCGGCGCUAGCUCUGGGUAUCUAUUGCCACCUACUUCCCAUUGCGUUGACUGCCCCUGUAUGUGGUUUUUCGCAGUGUAUUAACCAGGAAGAUUUAUUUAAAAGUGAACCUGCUUGUAUCUGCGCAUGCGCGAGGAUCAGAUGGGCUGGUUUGCUUAUUAUUUCCUAACAUCCGUUUGCAAGUAUAAUUUUUCUCAGACUAUUUUUUUUCUCAAUAAUUUUACACAUCACUCAGAUUUGAAGAAAUAUCGUAUAUGUUACAUGCUGUAUAAUAAAAACGUAUGUAGAAGAUUUGGAAUCUCUAUAGUGAAUAAUACAGCUUGGAAGGAAAUAACAGCCGUAGCGAGUAAGGUUGAGCGCGACAAAUUUGGAUGAUUAUUCAGAAAAUGAAACGAAAAUAGAUCGUCUGCUUCUAUAAGUGCUACAUGAUUUACCCCCACCCCUAGGGUGGCAUCGCCGGGAUCAUUUGACUGUGACGCGAGAGAACCUGAAACUGCCAAUUGAGAAUUAACCGAGCAGAGGUUGUUGGUGGUGAAGAAUAAUGAAAGACCGAUCCAGUGAAGAAUGGCAGCAUGAAAGAGCACAGUACAGACUGUUUGGAGAAGGACGACUGCCUUACAAUGCCUUUUGGUCUGCUUUAAUUGAGCUUGAAGAUUGAAAGAAAGAAAACCAUUAAUUAUUCUGACAAGAUAAUUUCACUCAAAUGGAUUUAAAAACUCUAUUACCAGAAAUGAGUGCAAAAUUUGCACAAGUAAAAAAGUUAUUAAGCAUGGAUGGUAAGAUUGGCGGUGACAGGGAGUCACAUACAAGUAAAUAUGCUGCAAUAGAAAUUUUAAAAGGCAUGCACAAUUCUCUUAACGGCCUAAAUAAUUAUGUCCAACAAGAAAAUAAGCAAACCACUCUUUUCGCUGUGGUAUGUCUCAAUCUCGGUAUUUUAUACAUUGAAACGGAUGAGCAAAAAACAGGAGAAGAAUUUCUAAUGAUUUGUAUUGGGAACUUGAGCAAAAGUGCAAUUACAUCAGAAAAAGUAUUACCUAUGAUAAGUGCCCUGAAUCAGUUAGGAAUACUUUGGUCUCAACGAAAUCAAAUAGCAGUGGCGAAAACAUUUUUAGAGCGUUGUGAACGAAUUUAUGAAGCUUACAAAAAAUGUGGUGUUCAACCUAUUAGUAUGGAAACAUUAUUUGCUCUGAACAAUGUGAAGGAAUCAUCACCAAGUCAACUAUUAGAGAAAUUGCAUACUUUAACAUUAUAUUAUUUGGCUCAAGUUUAUGGAUCUUUGGAAGAUUAUUCGAAAUCAGCUGUUUAUUGUCAUAUGACUUUACGCAGACAAUUAGAACACAGAGAUUUUGAAAGUAUAGAAUGGGCUUUGAAUGCUGCAACACUGUCUCAAUUCUUUCUUGAAAAAGCAGGCUUUGAACAGGCGAGGCACUAUUUGGCUGCUGCUACUCACAUACUGCGAAAAUAUGAAGAUACUUUAAAAUCUGUUGAAGUUGCUGGUGUAGAAAGUGAGGAAGUAGCUGCAAAAAGGGAAAAUUUUAAUCAUAGAAGUGCAGAUAUUUCUAGAUGUUGGGCAAAAUAUGGAAUUCUACUUAUAAGUGCAUCUAAAGAACGGCUUUUUCUGCAAAUUGAAAAUGAAAAUUACAAGGAGCCAUUUGACAUCAGUAGCAUUAAACAAGAUUCUAAAUCAGAUUUAGUUAAUUACUGCUUCAAAAAUUUAAAGUUUACGACAAUAGAAAUGGAGGCCGAAACCAUUGCCAAUGAUAUAACGGACAAGUAUCUUCUAGAUUUCAAUGAUGCUAAAGUAGUCUUUCUUAAAGUGCAGAAAUGGCUAGAAGAUGCAAAACAAUAUUAUUCUUUAGAAAACCAUGCUUCAGAUUAUGUACAACUUGUGCAGGAUAUGUCCCAAGCUUAUAAGCAUUUAGUAUUCUUCGAAAACAACGAAGAUCGUCAAGCUAAAAUGCACAAAAGAAGGAUAGAUAUUUUGGAAGCUGUAAUAAAUGAAAUAAGUGAAACUUACUACCAAAUUGCUUGUAGACAAAUAUGGAUUGAAUUAGGUGAAACAUAUUCGGAAAUUCUAGACAUUAAGGUAGAACGCCUACACGCUUUAGAGGAAAGACCGACGCCCCAUAUGUUGAGUAAAAUAAAUACUCUGGCUACGUCUGCAAUAAAGUACUUUGAGAAAUUUUUAGAAUCCCUACAAAAAUGUAGAAUGUUUGUUGAAAACAAAAUAUUUCAGCAUGAUUUGGUGCGACCAGCUUUGUGUACUUAUUUUCAAUUAGGAAGACUCUAUAGUAAAAUAAUAACCCCAGAUAAGAAUAUGCAGCUUGUAAAUGUUAAGAAAAGUUGCCAUUUUUAUGCUUUUUUGGUCAAUUAUUGUGAAAAAGAUUCACGCGCUAAAGAAUUAAUGUUAUCAGAAUUAAGCUUCUGUUCAGAUUUAGUGAAGCUGCUUCCUUUAAAAAUCAGUAAACUUAAAAUAGAAAUAAGUAAAGUUUAGUAUUUCCAGAAGUUUCUGUACCAUUAUUUUCUUACAUGUGAAUUAUUGUAUUGGUUAUGAUUACGUUUUAAUCAUAAAUUACCUAAACAUCAACAAUUUCUAAAUAAAGAUAUUGGUAUAUUGCUUAUUA